CUCCAAAACCGCGCGUGCAUUGGCAGCAUUGUUUUUUGGUAGUUUACAAAUAAAAUGGCCGAUAUGUGAGGCUAUUUUGUAUGGACAAUAAAAUAUGCAAUUGUGUAAAAUUAAUGACCAUCGGCCGCUCGUGUAUGUAUGUCAAAGUAUAGGUUCAGUGUUGGGAAGUACGAAAAGAUAAAGUAAAGUGUAAGUGAGCGUGUGGGAGUGCCGUGAGAGGAAGGUGGAGGUUGUCUUUCAAGACCCGUGGACGCCGCGGGCCCGAACACAGAAACGAAGAAUAACUUACGAACUCAAAUAUAUUGAAAAAUCAACCGAGCGCUAUAUCUUUUUCAUUGGCGCGCGGUGGCGCGGUAACAACUAUACGAGAACGGCUCUAGAUUUACGGAACCUGGUUUACAGCGCACAGGCCCCCUCUGCCGCCUGCUCCAAUUCUUCAGGCACUCUCGCCUCACCUAAACACUGUGUGUUCCUAAGUCUGACAAAGCAACACUUGGGAACACACCAAGCAUUUGUUAUACUUUAUGUGACAGAUGACAAACACAUGUUGUUGAUCACCUUUCAUAUUUUAUUUUAUGAAUCUUGAUUAUCCAUAAGCUGUCUAUUAAUAUCAAGGGGUCAAAUAUUAUAGUAACUUAGAGCCGCUUCAGGCAGAUAUGAUUCUCAAUUUUGAAACCUACAGCCGAGAUACUGGAGUGUGACGGGUACGUUUAUUUAGAGCCCUUCAAAAUAUUUCCCGCAGACCAGUUUGUUGUAGUGGAAAGAAAUGGUGCAGACAAUACGUUGACAGAGACGGAGGGGCCCACGAGCAGUGCGUCCAGCCAGCCCACCCCCUCCGUUACUCCUCUGUCAAACAUGUGCACCACCCCUGGCAACGUAGGCACAGGAUUUGGGUAUGCUUGGUCCUUUGGUGGACCUGGAGCAGAAACCCGAGAAAAUGCACAGGGUGAACUUACUACAAAUAUUAGUUAUGCUGUGAAUAAUAAUCAGGACCAAGGAUCCAGUCAGAAGAUACAGGUUGACAUUAAACCAACUAAAGUUGCCAAUAGUACACAUCGUAGACCCAUGUUCACUAUGAAUGAAACUUGUCAACAGACUCCGACAACGCAUCAUACAGCUGGAGCUCAUAAUCAAACACAUGGCACGCAUGUUCGUACUAAGAAACAUCAUGAUGUAUUUUCAUUAACAUGCGACAAGGGAGGUUGUAAUUGUGAUGCUGCACAUGCAACACCCCCACCAUCUCUUUUUUCAAAUACUUUAGUUUUUACUACAGCUGAUAAACACGCUAUGAGUAAGCAUUUCAUGACACCUCUUGGACCACUACAGCUCACAGCAGAAGAAUGCAAUGAAAUUUUAAUGAAAAGAGCAGCAGCUGCUUCAAACCAAGCCAAUGUAAACAAUGUGGCAACGAGCCAGACAGAUAGUACAGCUCACUUUGGGCAUGUUUUAACGCAUGUGAACACAACACAAAUCGAAACAAAGGUCAAACAACAACAAGAUAUGGGAAGUCAAGUCAGAGUACCAAAAGAGAGACCAUAUUCUUGUUCAGAAUGCGGGAAGUCAUUUCUUCUGAAACAUCACCUUACAACACAUGCAAGGGUACAUACAGGAGAACGACCUCAUGUUUGCGUUCAUUGUGGUAAAAGUUUUGCACACAAACACUGUCUUCAUACUCACCUUCUCCUUCACAGUGCGGACCGACCAUACCAAUGCAGAGAAUGUAAAAAGUCUUUUACACUAAAACACCACCUUGUAACGCACACACGGGUACAUACGAGAGAUCGUCCAUUUGUUUGUCAAGAGUGUGGAAGAUCAUUUCCUUUAAAACGUCAUUUAGUGACACAUAGUAAAUUCCAUUCAGGGGAGAGACCUUUUGUUUGCGAAGAAUGUGGAGAAUCAUUUUCUCAAAAGGAUCACCUAACAAUGCAUUCGCGCUUCCAUGGCAGUUUACAUCCAUUUGUUUGUCACGACUGCGGAGCAACCUUCCAGAGAAAGUUUGAGUUAGUGAAUCAUGGUCGUUUGCAUGGCAGAGUUCCACAUUCGUGUACUGUUUGUGGGAAAGAAUUUCUCCAAAAGAGAACACUACUAGCACACAUGCGCUUACAUACAGGAGAAACGCCAUUUGCUUGUACCGUUUGUGGAGAAGCAUUUCCUCGAAAAACAGACCUGGUAACCCAUUCGAAGAUACAUAACAAUAAUACGAACACAGACGAAAAAUCUCUUAUGUGCAGGGAAUGUGGAUUGGACUUUUCAAACCGGGAAGCUCUUACCCUGCACUUAAGGUUACAUUCUGGUGAUCGUACUCUUGUAACAGAUCUCUGUGGGUUAGCAGCUGCUUUCCAACAAACUCCUGGACACUUCCUUACACCCAACACUUCUGGAACUCAUCAGGGUUUGCAGAUGAAUGGACCCAUCGGAAAUCCCGGUGUCAGCCAUAUGCAUGGUGCAACGCAAACAUCACCACCUGUAGGAACAGGUCCGAAACCAAAACCACACGUAUGUCCCGAUUGCGGUCGUGGUUUCGCGCAGAAACAUGGGUUGUCUCAACAUCAAAGACGUCAUACGGAUGGUAGCUGCCAUAUAAGAUCACACGUGUGCGAUAAAUGUGGAAAAGCGUUUUAUCAGAAGAAUCAUUUGUUAUUACAUCAACGCCAACACAUGGAUCCACCGCCUAGCAUACUUCGGCAACAACAGAGACAAGCUGCACAAGCUGCUGCUCAACAAGCACAACAACAACAACAACAGCAGCAGCAGCAGCAACAACAGCAGCAGCAGCAGCAGCAACAGGUACAGCAGCAACAAGUGCAACAAGUGCAACAACAACAAGUGCAGCAACAGCAAGUGCAACAAGUGCAACAGCAGCAGCAGCAGCAACCUCAACAGCAACAAACAACGUGCACUGUAGAUACAAAAACAAUACAGCUUCAAGCAAUACAACAAGUGCAACAACAAGUUCAACAACAGGUACAACAGCAGGUACAGCAACAGCAACAACAACAACAAGCGUGCUCUGUGGACACUAAAGCAAUACAGUUAAAUGUCACUAUGUGAGACGAUAUAGAAAGUGGGGAUUGGUCGAUCCCUGGAACAAUAGCACUCCCAAAUGCGCACCCUGCUGCCACCCUCUGCACGCACUUUUCUUGUACUAACAUUACACAUUAGAUAUAUUUAUUAUCUCUAGAAUCGAAUACGAAAUAACCAAUUUUAUUACAAGAGUAUAUAUACAAAGUAUACAUAUUAUAUUCUAAACAUGUAAGGCUUGUAACAAGGAAAUAAAAAUAACCAUAUAUUAGUGUUUUACAUAUACUUUAUAUAUCAUUUACUCUAGAUAUGUAAAAUGAAACUAAACAAAUUAGUUGCCUUAAUGAGAUGAAGAAUUUUAACGAAUAUAUUAACUAUUGUUUGGUGAACUUUUUUUUCAUUUACUUUUAAUUAGUAGGACAUCACUUUAUAAGAAAAUACAUAUUGAAUAAACAAACGUAAAAAAAUAAGUUUUUUAUGUACUACUGCUUUGUUGUUAUCCUUCAUGCUGUGCUUGUAUGGUGAAAGUCGAGAGAAAUGUUGAUCGUGUGAAUGAUCAGUAAAAAAUAAAUAUGUAGAAUGUAUCAAGAAAGAGGGAGAGGGUGGCAGACAUAGCGCAUUUAUGGAGCAUUUAAAAUUGUAGGUCUGCCCGAAAAAAAGAGAUGAAUGGUGUCUUUAAACGUAUUUUUUACGUUAUAGCAAUUCGUGAAAUUUGUUUAACAAAUUCUAGAGAGUUAAGAGCGCAAGAGCAUUACGAAAAUUUAUAUUCCAUUAAAUGGAUAGUUAUUAACUUUAUCAAUUCGAAAGAUUCGAAUAAAGUUCGAAUCGUUAAAAUCGUUUUGUUUUUAUGUGAUUGAUAGCGUUUUCAUUUCUUGAACUUCCGUACUUUCUUAUGUUCUCGACUUCGACUUUUUUACUUUAUAAUACCAAGAUAUGUGUGAAAGCCAUUCACAUAUUCUUACAAAAAAGCAUCCAACAUAGUAAACUUUUGUAAUAGUUUUGUCAGAGAUAUGUAAUAGCUAAUAGAAAUGCGCAAAGAAAUGAAAGAAGUAAUAAAGGUAGCUUUCCUACAUAGUUUUAA